UAGCCAGCAAAGGCAUCCCCCAGGAUCAGUCAGAAGCCGGCUGGCUGUGGCAGUAAUCGCUGACGCCUUUUCGAGGAACAAUACUAAACAGUCGGGAGUUACUUGUACAUUUGUUUUGUUUUAAUAGUUGAUGUGCCUGUUGUGUUGUAGUCCAUACUACGCCGGCACAUUUGGCGAUUGACAAAACUUUAAAUCACGCUACCCAAGGCCCCGUCACAUGAACUUAAUCCGGAAUUGCCAACCGGCUUCCGGGAAGAAUCCGUACAGCUUUGCAGACUCAAGGAGAGAAAGCAGUGAGAUUACUGGACGAACCACCACGUUGGCAUUCCUCAGAGCCGUGCUCCCUUACCAGGGACUAAAUACUGUUUCUAAGUAUAAGUGUGCCUCUCCCAGCCCCCCCAUGCAGAACCCCAGGAAAUGAAUAAAGCACCACAGCCUAUAACGGGACCCCCCCACCCCACCCCAUCCCCUGGACUCUCACAGCCCCCCUUCCCCCCUGGGCAGCCCCCCUCUGUCGUGUUCGCCUCCCCGCCUCCACAAAUGAACCCGACACCACAACCCAGACAGUUUGCCCCGGGGCCUCGUGCUUUGCACCAGCAGGGAGGAUUCAGGUCACUGCAGCCGUACUAUGGCAGCAGGCCCAACGCCCCCCGCGGCGUGCCCCCCCCCAGCAGCGCACCGCGGCAGGUGGCGCCCACGCACGUGUACCAGACGGCGGGCUCCCCAAUGAUGAUGAUUCCCCAGCAGCAGAUCCCCUUCGCCCCCACGCCCCAGGGCCCCGCCUACUUCAUACCUGGAGGACAGUACCGCUCCACAUACGUUGCUGCCGCCCAGCAGUACCCGGUGCAGCCCGGCACCCCAGGCUUCUACCCCGGCACCAGCCCAGCUGAAUGUGGUACUUAUGCAGGGGCAUACUACCCGGCGCAGCCCCAGUUCACACCCCCCGUGGCCCCGCCUCCUGUCAUCAUGAACCCUGCCCCCCAGCAGCAGCAGGCCCCGCCACCUCAGCCCAUGCAGUCCAAAAGAGAACGCAAACAGAUCAGAAUACGUGACCCUAACCAGGGUGGUCGAGACAUCACCGAGGAGAUCAUGUCAGGUGGUCGUACUGGCUCCACCCCGACACCACCGCACGUCUUUGACGACCCUGCCCAGAUACCAGAUGACUCGGUGCUAACCCAGGCCAACGGUGAGAGUGCAGCACCUGCGCCUGUGGUGAUCAGACCAGAUGACAGAGGUGUCCCGACGCCCCCACCCCCGUCGAAGACCCCCGAGCCUGUGAAGAGCGAGCCUGCCCCGGAGAUCAUCCCCCCCAGCAGGGCCGUCUCCGCGCCUGCCCCCUCCCUGCCCCUGGAGGUCCCCCCCACCCCCCUGGCCGACACUACCGCCCCUGCCCUCGCCAACCCCCCGCCCAGCAGCCAAGUCUCCGACGUCAUGGAUGCACCCCCACCCUGGGAACCCUCCCCAACCCCCCUGGACCCCUCGGUGCCAGCCUACCCUGCCCCCCUCCCAACCCGCCUCUCCAAGACCCCCGUGGUGGAGGUGAAGGAGGAGGAGGUGAAACAGCUCAAGCAGGAAGCAAUGGCGUCCGCCAAGCCUGUCCGCCAAGCCCCGCCCUCCGCCCUGCCCUCCAGCACUAACGGGGUGCCCGCCCAGCCCAAGGAGGCGGAGCUGGCGGUGCUGUCCAUCAGCAUCCCCUCCGCCCCCCAGGUGGAGGCUCCUCUAGAGUCGCCCAUCGCCCAGCCGGAGGAGCUGCGUCUCCCUAACGGCCUGCCCCUGCCCCUCCCCCAGGACCCGGAGCGCCCCUGCAGGGUCCUGACCGAGCGCCACGCCAGCCCCAUCGCAGAGCCCCAGGUGGACCACACCGUGGAUGCGCCGGUGGUUGCCGCGCCGGGGGUUGCCGCGCCCGUUGUUGCCGCGCCCGUUGUUGCCGCGCCCGUUGUUGCCGCGCCCGUGGCUGCCGCGCCCGUGGCAGCCGCGCCCGUGGCUGCCGCGCCCGUGGCAGCCGCGCCCGUGGCUGCCGCGCCCGUGGCUGCCGCGCCCGUGGCUGCCGCGCCCGUGGCUGCCGCGCCCGUGGCUGCCGCGCCCGUGGCUGCCGCGCCCGUGGCUGCCGCGCCCGUGGCUGCCGCGCCCGUGGCUGUCACGCCCGUGGCUGCCGCGCCCGUGGCUGUCGUGGUGGAGUCGACAGUCCCCCCAGUGUUGGUGGACACGGUGAUCUCUGCUGUGCUGGAGACGGUGGCAUUGGUGGACACGGUGAGCUCUGUGCUGGCGGCGCCCGAGGACCCCGAAACCACCGCCGCUGUGGCUCCUCCCCCUGCUGCUGAUGACAGGGAGGACACACCGCCACCACACAUCCUCGCCCCCGCCGGGGACUCCUCUAUGCAAGCAUCUGCUGUGUAUGUGCCAAAGAAGAAGAGGAAGAUGAAGGAGCUGAACAAGAAGGAGACUGUAGGAGACCUCCUCGAUGCCUUUACUGAGGACCAGGUGGUGGAGAGCCCGUCUGAGGUGGAGAAGGCCCUGCCCCUCCCUGCCUCCGCCCCUGAGGCAGAGGAGGCCAAGACCCCUGCCUCCGCUGCCCCACCUGCCGCUGACGAGGUGGACGAGACCUGGGAGGAGAAGGAGGACAAGCUGGAUGCUGAGAACAUCAAACCCAAACAAGGAGAGCUGAAGUACCAGUACAAAGGGGAGCACUGGAAACCCAUCGACCCGGAAGAUAAGAAGAGAUAUGACCGGGAGUUCCUGCUGCGCUUCCAGAAUUGCACCGCCAGCCUCAGCAAGCCCGAAGGCCUUCCCCACAUCAGUGAUGUGGUCCUGGACAAGGCUAACAAGACCCCUCUGCGUCAGCUGGACCCCAGCCGCCUGCCAGGGAUGAACUGCGGGCCCGACUUCACACCCUCCUUCCUGGGUAACCUGGGCCGGCCUGGCAUGGGCGGCGGUGGAGGAGGAGGAGGAAGAGGGGGAGGUGGAGGAGGGGGCAGGGGGCCGCCGUCUGGUAUGGGCGGUCCACGGGGCUCCCACCAGGGCCAGAGGAAAGAGCCGCGCAAGAUCAUCACCAGCAUGUCCCUCAACAACGACGUGCAGCUCAACAAGGCGGAGAAGGCCUGGAAGCCCGGCGUGAAGAAGGCGGCGGGCCGCGGCGGGCCCCCCGCGGACGAGGAGAACGACCCCGAGGAGCUGAAGACCCAGGAGCUGUUCAAGCGCGUGAGGAGCGUGCUCAACAAGCUCACGCCGCAGAUGUUCCAGCAGCUGAUGAAGCAGGUGCAGGAGAUGACCAUCGACACAGAGGACAGGCUGAAGGGGGUCAUCGACCUCAUCUUCGAGAAGGCCAUCUCGGAGCCCAACUUCUCCGUGGCGUACGCCAACAUGUGCCGCUGCCUUAUGGGGCUCAAAGUCCCCACCACCGACAAGCCAGGAACCACUGUGAACUUCCGCAAGCUCCUCCUCAACCGCUGCCAGAAGGAGUUUGAGAAGGACCAGGACGACGACGAGAUCUUCGAGAAGAAGCAGCAGGAGCUGGACGCCGCCGCCUCAGAGGAGAAGCAGCGUCUGAAGGCGGAGCUUGAGGAGGCCAAGGACAAGGCCCGGCGGCGCUCCCUGGGCAACAUCAAAUUCAUCGGGGAGCUGUUCAAGCUGAAGAUGCUGACAGAGGCCAUCAUGCAUGACUGCAUCGUCAAGCUGCUGAAGAACCAUGACGAGGAGUCUCUGGAGUGCCUCAGCAGGCUGCUGUCCACCAUCGGCAAGGACCUGGACUUCGAGAAGGCCAAGCCUCGUAUGGACCAGUACUUCAACCAGAUGGAGAAGAUCAUCAAGGAGAAGAAGACCUCGUCUAGGAUCCGCUUCAUGCUGCAGGACCUGCUGGAUCUCCGACGGAACACCUGGGUUCCCCGGAGGGGAGACCAGGGCCCCAAGACCAUCGACCAGAUCCACAAGGAGGCAGAGCAGGAGGAACACCGAGAGCAGAUCAAGGUCCAGCAGCAGUUCUUCGCCAAGACUGACAACAGAGGAGGUGGAGGAGGUGGUGGUGGUGGUGGAGGAGGAGGAGGUGGUGGUGGAGGGGGAGGAGGAGGGAGAGGUGGGCAGGGGGGACGUGGGAGCCAACACACCCCCCGCGGCCGUGAGAACCAGCCUCAGGACGAGGGUUGGAACACGGUGCCCAUCACCACCAAGAACCGACCCAUCGACACCUCCCGGCUCAGCAAGAUCACCAAGCCUGGAGCUCUGGACUUCAACAACCAGCUCCUGGCCCCUGGGGGCAAGGGCAUGUGGGGCAGCUGGGGCAAGGGAAGCAGUGGAGGCACGGGGGCCAAACCAGCCGGGGAACCAGUGCCUGGUGGUCAGGAGUCAGGUGGUCGCCCUGCAGCCAGUAACAGGUUCUCGGCCCUGCAGCAGGCCGCCUCCUCCGGACUCUCAUCCGACGCUGACAGAAGAGUACCUCAGAGGAACAGCUCCAGCCGCGAGCGCUACGACCGGGCGCCCGAGCGCCUGGACCGCGGCUACGACCGGCGCGACGACCGCGGCGAGCGGGACAGGAACCGUCCUCAGGUCACCAAGCGCAGCUUCAGCCGGGAGACGGAGGGCCGCAGUGGCGACCGGGAGCAGCGUGGCGGAGGGGGCGGGGCUGACCCUGUCCGCCGCGUGGCCAGCAUGACGGACGAGCGAGGCAGCAGAGAGCGUGCCCGCAGCAAAGAGAGCGUGAAGAGAGAGAGCACCCCCACCCCUCCUCCUGCCCAGACCAAGCCUGCCUUGAGCGAAGAGGAGCUGGACAAGAAGUCCACAGCCAUCAUCGAGGAGUACCUCCACAUCAACGACAUGAAGGAGGCGCUGCAGUGUGUGCAGGAGAUGAACAGCGGCCAGCUGCUGUUUGUGUUUGUGCGGAACGGCAUCGAGUCGACCCUGGAGCGUAGCCCCCUCGUCAGAGAGCACAUGGGCCUCCUGCUGCACCAGCUCAUCAAGGCUGGAGCCCUCACCUCCCAGCAGUACUACAAAGGACUUGUGGAGAUCCUGGAGGUGGCCGAGGACAUGGCCAUAGACAUCCCCCACAUCUGGCUGUACCUGGCUGAACUCAUCACCCCCAUGCUGCACGAAGGAGGCAUCCCUAUGGGACCGCUCUUCAGGGAGCUGGCCAAGUCUCUCACUCCCCAGGGCAUGGCUGGAGGUCUGCUGGUCCAAAUCCUCCAGCUUCUCUGUAAAGCAAUGAGCCAUAAGAAGGUGGGCGCCAUGUGGAGGGAGGCGGGACUUAACUGGAAGGACUUCCUGCCGGAAGACGAGGACGUCAACAAAUUUGUUACAGACAUGGAUGUAGAGUUCACCCUGGGUGAGGAGGUGGAGAGGAGCAGCCUGAAGGGGCUGAGCCUGGAGGAGUUGGCCGUGCAGCUGGACAGACUGAUCCAGGACCGGGCGGACAACCAGCGCAUCUUCGACUGGGUUGAGGCUAACCUGGAUGAUCAGCAGCUCUCCUCCAACGUGAUCGUGAGAGCUCUUAUGACCUCGGUCUGCCAGUCGGCCAUCAUCUGUGAGACCCCGUACAAGGUGGACGCGGCCCAGCUGGGCCAGAGGGCCAAGCUGCUGCAGAAGUACCUGAGUGACGAGCAGAAGGAGCUGCAGGCUCUGUACGCCCUGCAGGCCCUCCUGGUGGAGAUGGAGCAACCUGCCAACUUGCUGCGUAUGUUCUUUGACACGCUGUAUGAUGAGGACGUGAUCAAAGAGGAGGCCUUCUACAAGUGGGAGUCCAGCAAGGACCCAGCAGAGCAGCAGGGCAAGGGCGUGGCCCUCAAGUCUGUAACCGCCUUCUUCACCUGGCUCCGUGAGGCAGAGGACGAAUCAGACAACAGCUAGGACUUGGCCCCGCCCACCGGCGUGCCUCUGGAAGGACCCGAAGAGGAUUUACAAAAAAAAAGAAAAAAAAAAGUUAUUGCUUCAAUGGUUUUGAUGAUCCUUGAAAUGGGGUCUGUUUGAAACUACAAAAUCCUUCUGCGCAAACACAACAACAACAAAAGAAUGGAGAAACUGGGAGAGAUUGUACUACAGAUCCGUUUUCCUUUUUUUUUUCUGUGCUUUAUUUUGUUUUGGAACUAAAUAAAUUGAGAAGCGAAUUAGCGUGCUACUCGUAACGAGAUGUUGAGCUUGCUGUUCCCUUCAGUGUUUUUUCAGGUUUUACCUCCUGUUAUAAAGGUGUGUCACCUUGCCGACGGCAACACCUAUUCAAGACGUUUCACAAACCCCAAGAACUGACAAAAGACAAUCCCCAACAGACAAAACUUUCAAAAGCUGCUCACACAUUUAUAUUUUUUGAUUCCGUCGUGUCGAUGAGACAUGAUGACAUCAUGUGUUGUGUGUAUGGUCUACCUGAUGCUCUUACCUAGUUGGUUUGCUCUCUUUUUGGGUGUAGAAUGAUUGGAGUGCGUUUCUUUUUAAAGCUGAAAAAUGGACACGCUGGGAUCGUCCAUGGACAUUUCAGACGUAGAAUGAUUGGGGUCCUCUCCUAGCUUCCUGUAGACUGUCGAGACAGGAAGUGAUGCGGGAGAAGGACGAGAGGGGCGAUGGACCUGUUGCUGCUUUGGGGGGGGGCGCUCAAUGCUUCCAUAACGGCCACGCCCCGCAACCCCACACGCGUUUGCUUUGGCAUUUCUCCAACACUUCAAACAAACUAUGGGGCGGGAAAGGGAUUGAGAGCCUGGCGAGGCCUUCUGACAAACCUGUAGUGCAUUUUAGAAACAUAAAAUCAAUAUUAAAACUUGAAAAAGCUAUAUAGAUGAAUCAACUUUUAAAGGCAACACAAAAAAAGGCAAAGUUAACAGUUCAAAUCCUAAGGCCUUUUCUGCUUCCUUGAGUGGAAAUGCAUUUUAGGACAGUUCUGUAAAUAAGGAGUUCUGUUUUAUUUUUCAAAAUAAAAGUGCUAAUGUAAUGCCAUGUAAUUUUUUUUUCUUUCUGAAACAGUGUUGGUUUCUCCUGUAUUUAUAUUUCUCUCCUCAGCUAGCAGAAGGUGUUUGUAAUUAUCCACCGAAGUUAUUGAUUACAAUUUAAUUGAAUGUGUAAAUACUCUUUUGCUUUUCUUUAUUACAUAUUUAAUUAAGAAAAAUUAAUGCCUCUUUUCACAUCUGAAACUGGAAAAGAUAAUAAAGAACAUUGCAAAUAAAAAUUGAGUUCAUAAGCAUG